AUGAACGAAAGGGAAACAUCUCUGAUUACAAACGGAAGCCAGCUAUGUCUGUUAAGUAUUUUCGACACCCAGGUGACACUUUUCGAGAUUCAGACGCCACUAGGCCCCGCUCUGAUUGAUACUGGUUCGGCUGCAAAUCUUGUCCAUUCCGAAUAUGCAUCCGCAAAGAAAGAAGCCCAUGCCAAACCAACCCUCGUUGACGCAGGGGGCCAACGACUAGAUAUAGACGGGUAUACAAUAACGGACGUUACCCUACCAGGAGGUCGACAGGAACAGAUUUUCGCUUGGACUACCCCUAACUUACCAGUGCCGAUAAUUAUUGGAUUACAGCAAUUGGAGGAAUGGAAAGCUGUACUGACAAUCCCGACCGCGGGAACCGCCUCCCUUCUAUGCCAGAAACAUAAUGACACGGAUGCACGUGUGCUAUUGGGCCCAGCUAAGGUCUUACCGCAGAGCCUAACGGUAGACCCCACGCGCAAACCGAUUGCGGCCAGACCGUAUGUUUAUCCGCCAGGAAUCAGGAAACAAGCCAUAGACACGAUACAAAUGAUGAUAAACAACGACAUCAUUAGACCAAGCAACUCACCAUGGGCUGCUAAGCCUCGGAUUGUCUUCGACGGAGCUAAGCCCAUUAGAAUUUGCGGCAACUACAUUCCGCUAAACACUUGCCUACAAAAUAACGCCUAUCCGCUACCGAAUACGGAAAGCCUAUUACAGAGAGUGGCUCAAGGAAGAUAUUUUACCAAGAUUGACUUAUCAAAGUCUUUUUGGCAAAUACCAUUGGACGAAAUGAGCAAGAAAUACACAGCGUUCUAUGGACCAGAUGGCCUCUACGAAUAUAAUCGCCUGCCUUUCGGUCUGAAGACAGCUCCGGCGAUAUUUCAGAAAGUCAUAGAUGAGGUUCUAAGCGGAUUCACGACUUUUGCGUUCGCAUACAUCGAUGAUAUUGCGGUAAUAGGAGCAGACCCUUUGGAGUGUAGACUUCGCCUAAAGGAAAUAGUUGACAGACUCGAAGGGCACGGUUUCACCAUCAACCAAGCCAAGUCUGUGUUCGAGCCACAACACCAAAUCGAAUUCUUGGGACACUUGGUAUCCCAUCACCGAAUAGGAACACACCCAAAGCAUACGGAGGCUGCAACGAACAUGAAAAUACCGGAAAACAAAAAGGAACUACAGCAGAUUCUCGGAUUUGCAAAUUACUUCAGGAGGUACAUCGCUCGAUUCGCAGAGAUUGUGGCACCGUUAUACCAAGCACUGAACCGAAAUCCACUCGCCCUAUCGGACAAAGAAAUUCAAAUCAUUGAACGAGUAAAAGAGUUAAUUUCGAACCUCCCAGACCUGCACCCUAUGGAUGAUGUGUCACCGUUGGUUCUCGAUGUAGACGCAUCACAACGGGGGAUAGGAGCAUGCCUCUUUGCUCUCCGGAAAGACGAGUUAUGGCCAAUAGCGUACGCAUCUCAUGCGUUUGACAAGAGAGAAUCGAAAUGGCCGAUUAGAGAGCUUGAAGCGUUUGCCAUCGUAUGGUCCUUAAAACAUUUUAGGACCCUCCUGAUCGGUGAUAGAGAACUAACGAUUCGUUCGGACCACCAAUCACUUCAGUGGAUACGAGAAUGCGAACGUGGCCGUAUCGCACGGUGGAACGCCAUAUUGGAUGAAUUCAACGCUAAAGUUGUUUACAGAAAAGGCGCUGAUAACAUUGUGGCAGAUGUUCUUUCCAGACAGAUAGCCACCGAUGAGAUUUCUGAUGACAUUGCAGACCGAAUGCAACCAGAUAUGUGUUUGCCUAUUAUCUCGUACCCAGCGUUACAAGUAGACGAGCCGGCCAGAAUUCAUAAGUUCUGCUCACUGGACUUGAUGACUAUUGCGGAACACACAGCACAUGAUGCGGAGGGAGAAAGGCUCUAUGAGGCUAACCUCCUUAACAAGCAACACGCGUGUUACUGGGAAGGCGAUCGCGUCUAUAUACCAUCUGAACUUCGGACAAUGACGUUGGGCCAAUUCCAUAACCCCCACUCCUUCCAUUUGGGUACUACUAAAACGUACCGACAUAUGAAGACCGUAGUUUACUGGCCAAAAAUGAAGGAAUCCAUAGAUGCCUAUGUCAAAUCGUGUACCACAUGCCAGAAAUCGAAGAAGGGCUAUGAAUGCAGACAGGGAUCACCCUUACACAUACAAGGAAUACAACCACUACACACGCUCCUUGUUGAUUUCUAUGGACCUGUCAUAAAAAAGUCAUCGGACUCUACUGGAGAUAAUGAAACGCCAGAAAAGUACUGGUUGUUCUCGAUGAUGGACGCCUUUACACGCUACUGGCAAGUGGCGAUUGUUCGCCAUACCGACUCAGCAACGGUAUGGAAUGUUUUGCUUCGAAAAUGGUUCGAAUAUUUCGGUAUCCCAGAUAGGAUUGUAAGCGAUAAUGCCACGUCGUUUACUUGUGACUUCUCGGUAAGGAAAGCGGACGAAUUGGGGAUUCAGUGGAUAUAUAAUGCUCCAUAUCACCCGAUCGCUCGAGCGCCUGUCGAGAUACUAAACCGUCACCUCAAUGUGUUCUUCCAACAACAUUCUGUGCUAAAGCCAAAAUGGACUGAAGAACUUCGACUCUUUGUCCAGCAGUACAACAAUACUGUACAAGACACCAUAGGCUUUGCUCCGUCAGAGCUAUUGUUUGGACGAACUCUCAACCCUCUAAAGAUAACCGUCGAUGUGGUUGACGACUUGAAGACUCACAUGAAACAGAUACAGACAAAAAGGGAUGAAGCGAUGGCGCAUAUUUCUCAACAACAGGCGGAGAUGGACUUGAACUCCCGAACUACGUCUAUUAAUCCCAUAGUAGGACAACUAGUAUGUGCGCGGCUAUACCCAAAGAGAAAGCAUGAUCCCAUUUUCAGCGAUCCUUAA